UGAUGAUCUUAAAAAAUUUGAUUUUUACGACUUUCCGAAAGUAAAUGCGACCUUCUCGGCAUGAAAUAAGUGUUUUCAUUACUAUCUUUACCUUUUAGAAAGAAUAUAUGCAUGAAUUACCGAUACGACACAAGUAUGAUGCCACAAGCUGAUUUGUUACGAGUAUGUUUGUCAUGUUGGAAACGAAUACCAUCACAGUUCAGUAGACAAAUUUUACAUCAUAGAUAUCCAGCGACGACUGCCAUAACAUGUAAUGGAAAAUGUGGUCAAAGAUGGUCAAGGCAAUUUUCAUCAAGUAAACCAGAUGAUAUCAGUAGUAAUCCUUUCUUCAAUAGAUACAAAGAAAAGUUAAAACACAUGCAAGAAGAAAAUCCUGAGGAAUAUGAGUCUAGGUUACAGGAGAUGAGAGAGAAGCUAAAACCUAAGAAACAAGUCACACCCGAGAAACCGCCAUCCCAGAGGACAGAACCUGCCCCUAGAAAAGACAUACCUGGAUUUAGUGGUCCGAAGACAUGGCCACCAAAGAGUUUGGAUGAAAUAAUGAAGCUAGAAUUAGUCAAAGAUCUAGAUGCUAAAGCAGUUACUCAGUUGUGGCAGGAAUAUCAUCUUGCAAAGGACUGUAUAUUUGCAGUAUUUCCAGCAGAACACUAUGAUGAGCUUAUAACCAAAUCAACAUUAAACCCUCAUUUUAUAUUCACAUUACCUAAAGGAGAUGGCUAUGAGUUUUACCUCUGUCAGUUUAGUGGAAAAGAUGUGUACUUCACUCCAUUAGCCAUGUAUCAGCUUAUCAAAGAGAGUGCUCCCCCUUGUCUGACAGUGGCCCAUUUUCCUGAACUCAAGGAUGAUAAAGGAAUAGUUUUGAUGGCAGGAGAAUAUGAUGAUAGUAUUAUUAAAAAGUCCGAGGCGCUGAAUCUUGUGAAACAGAUGACGUUAUACUAUGGGAAGGAGGCAGGAGAGAGGUACACAUUAGUGCGAACAUUUCACAAGAACCCAGAAAAUUUCCAGUACAUGGACAUUAUAGAACAAUAUAAACUUAAUAAAGACUAUCUCGAAAAUAACCCAUAUUGAAAUAAACAAAUUUUAUAUAUUUA